AUGAAGAACGAGCUUAACACGAGGGCCAUCAAGCUCAAGGGGAUCUACGACAAGAUGAAAAAGGAUUGUAUUGAUGAGGCCUACUGGGUCAGGUACGAGGACAAGUACAAUGGAACCCAAUACGUUGAGAAGGUCUACGGUGGAUUCAUGGACCUUGCUUUGGACUCCAACACCGAGACAACGCGAGUGGAAAAGGAAAAGGAGUUCAACACACACAAGACAGACCUCGAGGAUUCCGCUACUCGCUCGAUCGCGAAUGGUCUCCUCGUUGUCGACAUGUGGACAGAUAUUGUCAAAGAAGCUGAGCAGCUCUUGCGUCCCUAUGCCCCCAAGGUACCACCAACGGUAAACAGCUAUCAAGCAAUUGAAAAGUCCAAGGUACACAAGUACCUCGAGGAUGCUCAUUGGGUGUCAUACGCCUACUCUGUUGGCACAAAGUUGGAUGGCGACUCUGCUCUGUCCCCCUGGACCAACUGGAUAGAGCUCAAAGUCGACGAAAAGGGCAAGGUUCAGUUGCCUGUCUUGACCCUACAGGACAGUGAACAGGUCGACGAAACCCGGCGAGUAGUCAAUCCCCGCAAGUCCACAGACGCAGCACCAGCCCCUCCCCGACCAGAACAGACGGCACAAUGUCAAAUACUAGAAGAAUGGAAAGCUCAGGAGAUCACGGCCAAGGACGCAGUUCUUUGA